ACCGAUAUAAAUACAUCUGCUUUAAGUGAAUAUCAAAGAUUUUGAUUUCGUUAUUUUAUAUUACUAACCACACCCUAAUUAUCUUUUUCACCCACACUUUUUCGUGAUGAUAUUUAUUUCACGAAAAUAAACCCUCAUUUUAAUUACCCAUAGUACUACAAUUAAUUGAUUUUAUUUGUUUGAUUGAUUACAUAAAUAAAAAAAGAUGCUGGGUUGUUGAAAAGUAUCUACGUUCAAACAUCGAUAUCGUUACGAAAUUGGAUGUCCCAAAUAAAAUUUUUAAAUUUCAUGUAACGAUAUAUAUGUCCACAGCAUGCCACGUGUCGCUCAAUGGUGGAAAAAUCAAACAGGGUUGUUUUUUUUCCGAGGGCUGCUUCAGUGGUUAUUAACUUAUUAUUCAGCCGAUUUGACUGUGAUACGUCACCGUUUUGGUGAAAUAAUGCGACGGAGUCCACGUCAAUGACGUUUUACACGUGCCCCCUGCCCGUUAAUUGUUACCCACCCCAUCUAUUUUAAUUUUACCAAACCCAAAACUCUAUUUUUUUUUUCAUAUUAUAAAUUAUAAAAUUGAUUCAAAUAUUUCAAGUCGGUGUAUUUGCUUCGGAUGUUUUUAAAUUUGGAUGUAAAUAGACAGAAUUCGGAUAUUCAGCAUGAAGUUUGAAUAAUUUCGCUAAUAAACAAACUAUAGCAAAAAUAACCAAUAUGGGUGUAGUUUAACCGUUUAAACGUCUGUUUCACUUCGAAUUCGAAUCCCAGAUCUGAAAAAAUAUUCACAUGAUUUUUUUCCGGUCACAGUAUAUCUGAUUAUAAAAAAAAAACUAUGGCAAAAAAUGAAGACAUCAUAGUGUAAAAGUCACGGAGGAUUGAUCCACAUGGAAUUAAAUAAGAAUUGAGUGGAUAUAUAUAUCUAUACAUACAUAGAUACAUUAUAAGUAUGUUAGUAAAUGUGCUGAAAUAGAAAAUGAGGGAAAUUAGCAAGAAAUCAUAGAAAUUUUAAUUUCCAGUGGGUGGGGAUGGGAGCAGAUAAAGACCAGGCCACGUGACGGUGGAGGAUGACUGAUUCAUGAGAGCCGGGGGACGUGGAAAUUAGGAAAAUCUUUGAUUUGGUGUUUACGCGCAUUUAAAUCUUUUCUGAAGAGAUUAACUCCCAGAAAUAGAUCGAUUUUUUUUUUGAGAAAUCAAGAACAAGAAAGAUUCUUGAGAGAGAGAGAGAGAGAUCCCAUGGGCUAUAUAUAGUUCUGUCUCUGCUCUGUAUCCCAGCACCGGUCCUUCUUUAUCCUCUUUUUCGAUAAUUUUCCUGGAAAGUUUUGAUUUUCCGGCAGUAUUUGUCCCGCCGUGGAGUGUCGUCAGACAGCAGGAAGAACCCGUUGGGGUCUUCUUCUUUUUCCUUUCUUUCUUUUCUAGCAUUUGGGUAAUGAUCGAGAAACAUGAAGUGAACGGUUGCUUUUGUUUCUUCUGUUGGGUCUGGAUUUUCCCGGCGCUUUCUCGUAUUUUUCCUCAUUUUCUCGCCUUCACCCAGUUUUCGAUCACCGUGGUUUUGGUUUGAUGGUCAUAGAUCUCGACGGGUGGCUUCGAUUUCAGAGGUUCUGGAAAGAAGAACAAGACACGAGCAUUUGUGCAACGAUGUCUCGAUCGUGAGGUUGUGUCUACUCAGAGUCGUGUCGGAGAUGCGUUGUUUCAGGUUUUUGGAUUUAUCGUUUCCUAUUUUUUGGUCGUAGAGAAAACAAACAAACCAACCGGGAAAUCGGCUCUCACCGUAGAAAAAGACUUUUCUUUCUUCAGCAAGUAACUGAGGAGAUUUCGGGUUUUUGCUUUUCCUUUUUUUUUUUCCUGUCCCUUUUUUUCCCCGUUUCCCUUAAAUUCAGCUGUCCUAACGUCAAAGCUCAGACACUCGCUUGCGUGUCUCCUCCAAAAUCCCCAAAUCUCUCUCUCUCCCUUAUUCUCUCUCUCUCUCUCUCUCUCUCUCUCUCUGUUUCUGUUUCUCGGCUCUUCUUCCUGAGAAGAGCUCAUCUCUCUCUCUCUCCCCCUCCGUGUUAGAAUCAUGGUGUCUAAUAAAGGGUCGGCGAAAAAAUCGAACCUUGACCGGUUCCUCAAUUGCACAACACCCGUGGUGCAAUCACAAUCUCUCCCCAAGGCGGGGAUUAGGAACCUGAACAGAAUUUGGCAUCCGUGCGAGAGAGAAAAGGUCGAGUAUUUCAGAUUGAGCGAUCUUUGGGACUCUUACGAUGAAUGGAGCGCUUACGGAGCAGGCGUUCCCAUUCGUUUGACCAAUGGCGAGUCCUUGGUUCAAUACUAUGUUCCUUACCUCUCCGCCAUCCAGAUUUUCACUUCUCCUUCUUCCUUGAUCCGUUUAAGGGAGGAAUCUGAAUCUGGGUAUUGUGAGACGAGGGAUUCGAUUAGCGACUAUUCAUGCAGCGAAGAGAGCGAUAGCGAUAAACAAUGGAGAAUGGAUGGAUCUUCAGCAUCAGAUGAGGGGCUCGAGCAAGAUGCCAUCUUCCAUCCAAAUGAUCGUCUGGGUUAUAUUUAUCUUCAAUACUUCGAGAGAUCGCCUCCUUAUGCCCGAGUUCCUCUCAUGGACAAGAUCAACGAGCUGGCGGAGAGAUUUCCGGGUUUGAUGUCGCUGAGAAGCGUGGAUCUUUCGCCGGCGAGUUGGAUGGCGGUGGCAUGGUAUCCCAUCUAUCAUAUCCCCAUGGGAAGAACCAUCAAAGACUUGUCCACAUGUUUUCUCACUUAUCACAUCCUUUCCUCUUCUUUCCAAGAUAUGGAUUCGGACGAUAACACCGAGGAGGACACGGCCCGAAAGGACGCCGACGAGAUCUCGCUUGUACCGUUCGGGAUGGCCACUUACAAGAUGCAAGGCGAUGUCUGGGUGUCGGAAGACGAUCUCGGACACGACCAAGAGAGACUUGUGUCGCUUUCAAGCGUCGCGGAUUCUUGGCUGAAACAGCUGAGGGUCCAACACCAUGACUUCAACUACUUCUCCGGGAUGUCCCGUCGUGGCUAACCACCUGAUUUUCGAGCCCGAGCCGAAAUCAGAUUCCUCUGUCUCUGUUCUUGUUAGAAUGUAUAUCCGGUUUAGUCGAGAUGGGUUCGGUUUUAUAUUCUGAAUUUCUGAUACCUUCCGGAUCGCGUUACCAGUGUCGACAAGCGUUUGUGUUUGUGGUCGCGGAUUGCUUCAAACGCUAAACGCAGGCGUUUCGGUAAGAGCAGCGUUUUGAGUCUUUUUCAACCAUGGAAACGCGGUGCUGAAGGGUGUUUUCGGAUUUGUAUAAUAAUAUGGUGGGGAGGAGCAUUUACUGGCAAUGACGUUGGUUAUUGUUUAAAUGAUCUUAUCAUGUUGUCAUUAACCAUAUUAAUCAGGGUUUUCCUAAUUGAAUAGAAUCGUGAAAAUGUGUAUCCUUAAACUUUUGCUGUUUUUUUUUUAUAAAUAAAUUGUGGGGCCUGA